AAAAGUCUAUCAAAGAGAGGAAAAUUUCAUUGUACUUAAAGUGAUUAAUUUGCUUAUUCUCAUCAAAUUCAUGAGAAUAUAACUUUGAACAUCAGAUCUCUAGCAAAUAAUUUUCCUUUCUCGUUUCUCUAGAUAUUACGAUUAUUACGGGACCGGAGACUUUGUCCUCUAUCAUAACAGUCAACGUAACUUCGAGAUUCACACCCGACUCUGGAAUUGCUGGGACAGUGUAUCGUGCAACUGUGGCGUAGCUAUCAGGGAGCACCGCGACGUAAUUGUUCUUAAUACCUGUACUAAUGAUUUCAAAAACAAUUAUGGAAGUCCAAUGAAGAUUCUUAUUCCAAGCAACCAUCGCUUAACAAGAGGUACAAGGAUCCUCAUCCGACACCCUGGAAGGUAUAGUGAGUACGAGGUACGACUUCCUUCAGGUACAGUGGUAAAUGUUAAACGCCACUGGUGGGGAAAUGAUGUAGAAAUGACAGCCCCAUCUUCUGAUGCAGGUAACACGGAAGGCAUGUGUGGCAAUUUCAACAGGGUUGGUACUAGGGAAGACGAAUUUAACAAUGGUGGAGACGGUAACUCUUAUGGCACAGACGAAGUCUCUUUUGGAGACAGCUGGAGAGUGGACCCCCCAAAAAGUCUCUUUAGGACGGUACCGCCUUGUCUUGAUGACUCGUGUGACAACUCAGAGCUUGACUUGGAUCGUUGUCGAUGCGUCAGACAAGGUGGAUCAUUCGAUGUUACUUGUGACAUCGACGACUGUGUUAAUCACACAUGUGGCAAUGGUGGAUCGUGUGUAGGUGGUAUCAACAAUUACUCCUGUAACUGCCUGUUGGGGUUUACUGGAAACUACUGUGAAAAAGUAACAACUGGCUUCUUAACCACCGACAUACAGCAUUGA